AUAUAACCCUAAAUGGCGAUUGGCGAGGAAUCUAUUCGAUAAAAUUCUGUGUUAAAACCCUAGUUAUUGUUUUUUGCUCCAUUCAACCUCAAUCAAAACUCUGAAACUUUACAUACUUGGAGUGCGUACUAGCAAUGGCGGAUCCUAGUUUACCUGCCGCAACUAACAUUAAGUAUAUCGACGAAGACGAAGAAGAAAGAAAUGAAGUCGAUGUACACAUUUUCAUAGACGAAGAAAGCGAAAACGAUGACGAAGAUCAAUCACUAGGCAUGGAAGAUCUAUCAGUAAGCGAGGAUGAAGAAGAUCAAUCACUAAGCGAGGAUGAAGAAGAUCUAUCAGUAAGCGAGUAUGACGAAUAUCAAUCACUAAGCGAGGAUGGCGAAGAAGAAGACGAAGAAGAUCUAUUAGUAAGCGAGGAUGGCGAAGAAGAAGAAGAGCAAGAAGAGGAUAUCGUGGGUGGUAGCGGUGGAGAUACUGUUGUUUUUGUGGAAGGAAAACAGGCAUGUGAGAUGGGUGGAAAUGGAGGAGAGGCGUCCUCAUCACAGGCUGGGACUACAGGCGGGGGACCGUGUAGAAGAGAAUUGGACGCUUGCCCUAUUUGUAUGGAUGCAUUUCACAGUGUUGACGACCAUCAAAUCUGUUGUCUUCCUUGUGGGCAUUUAUAUGGUUUGUCCUGCAUCACGAGAUGGCUGAAAAAACAUAAACAGAAUGUGCCAUUUGCACUUGUCCUCAAUGCAACAAAAUAUGCACGUUUAAAGAUGUGAGGAAAAUUUAUGGACAAGCAGUUGUGAUUGAUCAGGAAUUAGUACAAAAAUCUCAGUUUCUUGAAGCUAAAUGCACUUACCUUGAGAAGAAGGUUAAAGAGGUUUUCAGAAUAUCACAACGAGCUACUGAUCGGUUGUUAAUGGAGGAGAAUGAAAAGUUUCGAACGGAAAUAAGAGAAAUGGCGUCUACAGUGAAGGAAAUCCGACAGAGGGAUGCGAAAAGAGGUGCGCAAAUGGAGCAAUAUAAACAACAAAUUACAUACCUAAUGACAAAGUUUUUACCCCCUAAUUAGUACAUUGUAGUUCUUUUUUAAAAUAUUUUUAACGUUUUGGUGGUUCAGAAUUUUGGAAAUAUAAUAAUAUUUUUGUUUAUAAAUGGUAUUGUAUAUGUUUAUGGU